AUGGCCUCGCCAUCGGACCGGACGCUCUACAAGUUCGAGCGCGAGAUUGGGCGCGGAUCGUACGGCCGCGUCUAUCGCGCGCGGCGCCGCUCGGACGGGCGGGAGGUCGCCGUCAAGGUGAUCCCUACCGAGGAGGAGGAGGAGGUGGCGGCGCUGGCGGCGCAGGUGAUGGCCGAGGCGGAGAGCCUGCGGCUGUGCGAGAGCGAGCACGUGCUCCGCCACCUCGCCUCGCACGCCUUCGACGGCGAGCUCUGGCUCGUCACCGAGUACUGCGAGGCUGGCUCGCUGCUCGACGUGAUGCGGAGCCGCGGCGCGCCGCUGCGCGAGGAGGAGGUGGCGGCGGCGGCGGCGGCGACGCUGCACGCGCUGCGCUACCUGCACGAGGAGUGCCGCAUGCUGCACCGCGACGCGCCUUACGCCUCGUCCGCCGACAUCUGGUCGCUCGGCAUCACCGCCAUCGAGCUGGCGGAAGUGGGGGAGUACUUCAUUAACGAACUCCUUCCAUUCUUUAAAGGCAUCACCGCCAUCGAGCUGGCGGAAGGGCGCCCCGUCGACUCCACGCGCGGGAGGGCGGGCUCGCCCUUCGAGCUCGGCGAGGCGGUGCGGGAGUCGCACUUCCCGUCGCCCUGCAGCCCCCCGUGGCCAAGUCCAGACGUCGAGGCGCACUGCUACUACCGCGACGACGGCUCCGAUCUCGAGGCGGAGCUGGCGGCGACGCUCGGCUUGUCGCACAGGCGCAGUGCGGGAGAGGCGGCGGCUGGCAGCAGCGGGCGCGCCUCGGGUGGCACGCUGCGCCGCGGCGGCUCCGGAGGCGGCGGAGGCGAUGGCGGCGGAGGCGGCGGCGGAGGCGGAGGCAGAGGCGGAGGAAGCGGAGGCGGAGGCGGCGGAGGCGGCGGAGGCGGAGGCGGGGGCGGGGGCGGGGCGGCCGGGGGCGAGGGCGGCGGCACGCUGCGGCGAGGCCGUUCUGGUGGCGACGGAGGCGGCGUCGCGUCUCGCGAGGAGCUGGCGAGACUGAGCGUCGAGUGCGCAGUCCUGGCGCGAGCGAGACUGAGCGUCGAGGAGUGCGUGGUCCUCGCGCAGUGCGCGCUGCGGCUGCCGCCGUGGGACGGCUCCGUCGCGUACGAUUCGGUGCCUCGUGCGGCGGCGGACGCACCGCCGAUGCCGGCUUGGCUGGUGCGGACGUGCGGCCACGUGGCGGCGGGAGGGCUGCGCGCGCUGCUCAACUUGCUGAUGGCGGCGCUGCACUCGGCGUCGGUGGCGCGAGUCGAGGCGGCGGAGGCGAGGUGGGCGGCGAGCGCUCCAUUCUCGGAGGCGCGCAUGGUUGCGGCGGAGGCGCGUGUUGACCCGGCAGCGAGGGCGAGGGUCGGUCUGGCGCACGCGCACGAGGACGCCGCGCUCGCCGCCGCCUGCAGCUCCGAGCUGCGCGUGCAGCGAGGCAUGCUCAAGGCACUCCUCGUCAUCGCCCACUACACGCCGGGCGAGCUUGCCUGCGAGCCCGUCUUCAGCGACGAGGCGCUGCAGGAGACGCUCUUCGGCCUCGCGACCACGGCAGACCCCGAGGUCCGCUUGUACGCCGUGCAAGUGCUGCGCGAGGUUGCCGACGCCGACGGGCCCGCCGCACGGGGCCUCUGCUCUUCCGAGAAGCUCGCCGGUGUGGUUGCGUUGUGCGACCAGUACCGCAAGGGCUCGUCCGAGCAGGCCGCCUCGCCGUUCUGCUGCGCCCUCGAGCUGCUCGAGACACUCCUCUCUGCCCGCGCCUCCGCCCGCUCCUCCCUGCCGGCCGGUCUCUGCUCCGUCCUCGCCGCCGUCGAGGAGCAGGCGCCGCCCGGCUCGGAGUCGCGCCGCCUCGCCUCCGGGCUGCGCACCCUCAUCGGCGCGCGGCCAGACGACUCGGACGGAGGGGGUUUGGCAGAGGGCCUCGGCCGGACCGGGUCGCGGCGCGGCUUCGGAGACGCCGUCGGGGAGUGGCUGAACCGGACCUUCUCGGGCGCGGGCACGCCGCGCGGCGUCUGACUCACUUUGGGAACUACCCUCUUUGCGCUUUGGACGGCGUUUUGAGGUGGCGUCUUAGAGUCAGACGGCCAAACUGUCCGCUUGACCGCGGCACAACACCGUGACGCCCGUCACCCCUGCGCUGCCCUGCGUGUUCGGUGCUGCGAGCCCGUCUGUACACAACCGACCGAGCCUCGCACUUGUGUUAUUGAAACAUGCCACAUGGCCCCAGCUCACUUGUAUAUACAGGUCAAGAUGCAAAAUAAAUC